AGAGCUGCAUUAGACGUUUUAGUGACUGUCUAUUCACCCCUUUUAUCAAGCACAAUAUAAGCCGCUUUCAAAUCACUGCAAACCACCCGAGCAAACGAAGCUGCGAUGGCUGCGCGAGCACUGAAGCUGUACGUGGGGGCGACGUGCCCCUUCUGCCACCGGGUGGAGAUCGCGGCGCACGAGAAGAAGGUGGCGUACGAGCGCGUGGUGGUGGGCCUGCGGGAGGACAUGCCGCAGUGGUACAAGGAGAUCAACCCGCGCGAGACGGUGCCGACGCUGGAGGUGGGGGAGGCGAAGCGACUGGUGUUCGAGUCGACGCUGAUUGCGCAGUACUUCGACAACAUCGGGACGCCUGCGGGGUCGUUGAUGGGCUCGUCGCCGCUGCAGCGCCACCGUAUCGAGUUCUUCCUGAGCCAAAUGGGCGACUUCAUCGGCGCUGCGCACCAGCUGCUGGGCGAUCCGCUGAGCGCGGAGAAGCGCAAGGCGGUGGCGGAGAACGCCGCUUACGUGGACGGGCUGCUGGCGGCGAACCAGACGACGGGCCCCUUCUACUUCGACGAGGAGUUCACGAUGGCGGACGUGGCGCUGGUGCCGUUCCUGGUGCGGCUGAGGCCUGCGAUGAUGUACUACUCGGGCUACGACGUGUUCAACAAGGCGCCGCGCAUGAAGGCGCUAUGGGCUGCGGCGGCGCAGCGGCCAUCAGUUCGCGAGACGACGCUGCCGUCAGAUCAAUGCGUGGAGAACUACCGCCACCUGGUGCCGGAGAGUGCGCCGAUGAUGGGCGCGAACGGCGGGUACGUGCUGUACGGGAACAAGGCAUGCCCCUUCGUGGACCGCGCGCGGCUGGCGUGUGCGCUGCGGCGUUUCAAGCCGUACUACGUGGAGAUCGCCCUGCACCCGCAGCCGGAGUGGUACAAGUUCAUCAACCCUCGCGAGACGGUGCCUGCGCUGUUCACGCCGGAAGGCGAGGCGGUGCACGAGUCACAGCUGAUUGCGAACUACGUGGACGGCAUUGCGACGGAGGGUGCGGCGCUGCUGCCGCGCGGUGACGCGGACAAAGAGUACGAGGUGACGUUCUUCAUUGACAACGCGAGCAACUUCGUGGGCGCCAUGUACUACUUCACCAGCCACCCAGAGGACAAGGACACGAAGGCGGAGCUUCUGUGGGCUGCCGGUGAGCUGGAGAAGCAGCUGGCAAAGCACCCCUUUGGCGAAGGUCCGUUCUUUGGCGGCACACAGAUGAACCUGGGUGAUGUUUCCGUUCUGCCUUUUUUGGUGCGCUUGAAGGCCUACACGCCCGCGCUGACGGCAGGCUACAACUUGUUCAGCGAGUUCCCUCUCUUGUCUGGACUGCUGGAGGCUGGCAUGGCGAGCGCGGAGGGCAAGGAGGUCUUUCUCCCACUGAACGAGUACCUGGAGGGGACAUUGGCCCGUCGCAACCGCAAAUGA